UGCAAGACAUUUUAAAAAGUUACGGACAUCUAUUCCUAUCAUCAGUUCACAUUCAUGCACCUGCUUUUUCCUUUGAUCGCAUGCCUCCUUCUCAGCUUACUCCCUCACUCUUUGUCUUAUAAUCUGCCUCUGCUUUGCCAUCAAGAAGAGAGGGUAGCUCUGAUGCAUUUCAAGGAUAGUUUUAUCAUACAGAACUACUCUGUUUGCGGACUCAGUACUGACUAUCCUAAGGAGGUUGCAUCAUGGAGAGUGGAAGGAAAUAAUACCAAUUGUUGUGCUUGGGAUGGGGUUGAAUGCAACCAAGACACGGGUCAUGUCAUCGCCCUCAACCUUAGUAGGAGUUGUCUCUAUGGUUCUAUCACCUCCAACAGUAGUCUCUUCCGCCUUCUUCAUCUUCAAAACCUUACUCUUGCUAAUAAUGACUUCAAUCACUCCCAAAUCCCAUCUGAGAUUGGUAAUCUUUCAAGCCUAACACAUCUCGACCUCUCCUACUCCCAGUUUUCAGGACAAAUCCCCUCUGCAAUUCAAUAUCUAUCCAAGUUGUCUUUUCUCUCUCUGUAUUCUUAUUAUGAUAAUUAUGGUUUAUAUACCAAAAAUCUGGCAAGUUUAGUGCAAAAUUUAACCAACCUUGAAACGCUUGACUUUUUUGGUAUCAACAUAUCCUCCACUGUACCUGAAAGCUUGGCAAAUUUAUCUUCUUUAAAGCUUCUUGCUCUGAGCAACUGCAGUCUGUAUGGGCAAUUUCCAACCAGAAUAUUUCACCUACCACACCUACAGAAGCUAGAUGUUUGGUCCAAUGAAGAUCUCACAGGUCAUUUGCCCGAAUUUCACACAAACUCUCCUCUCAAGUAUUUAUAUCUUGACGGCACAAAUUUCUCUGGCAAUCUACCUGCUUCAAUUGGAAACCUUAAUUCCUUAACUAGCUUCACAAUUUACAAUUGUAAUUUUUCAGGAACCAUCCCAAAUUCCUUCAGUAACCUUACCCAACUCACUACCCUAGACCUUUCAGCAAACCCAUUCAACGAUUUGUCGUGGCUCACCAGAGUUAGUUCAAACGACAUUCUUCCACAGUUUGGAUUUUUAGGAUUGGCUCAUCUCAACUUAACCAAGCUCCCAGAUAUAUUACGAAACCAAAGUAAAUUGGAGUACCUAGAUCUAGAAGGCAACAAUCUCCAAGGCUUGAUACCCAAAUGGAUGCAUAAUGUAAGUAAAGAAUCUCUUCAAAAUUUCUACAUUUCAAACAACUUUCUCACUGGCAUUGAAAAUUCUCCGACAAUUAUCUCAUGGCCAAAUCUAAAAUAUUUUGCCGUUGAUGAUAACAUGAUGCAUGGAUCGCUCCCAAUUCCACCAUUCACCAUUUAUUUGCAAUAUGAGUUCACCUGAAGUGCUUGAUUUGUCCCAUAACUAUUUGAGUGGCUUGAUUCAUCCAUGUAUGGGCAACUUGAGUCAAUCUUUGACAGCGCUAGUAAUACGAAGCAACAACUUGGGCCACACCAUCCCAAAAACAUGGGCAAAAGGAUGCAGCUUAAAGAUGAUUGACUUAAGUCAAAACCAGUUGCAGGGUCAUUUGCCAAGAUCUUUGGCCUACUGUACUGAGCUUGAGUAUCUUGAUGUUGGGAGCAAUCAAAUCAAUGAUACCGAUCCCUUUUGGUUGGGAACUCUUCAACAGCUAAAGAUUCUUGUUCUCCAUUCUAAUGGCUUCCACGGUGCAAUAAGGAGCCCGGAAACAAAUUACACAUUCCCCAAUUUGCGUAUCAUUGACCUCUCUCACAACUAUUUUUCUGGGAAUCUGCCUGUGGGAUACUUCGCACAAUGGGAUGCCAUGAAAUCCGUUGGUGCAAAGAAUUUAAAAUACUUGGAUGGUCACUCGGUCAACUAUUCAAUGUUAAUAACGAUAAAAGGUGUGGAGUUGGAGUAUAAUAAGAUCCAAGAUGGCCUUACAGUCAUAGAUUUCUCAUGCAACAGAUUUGAAGGAGAUAUUCCUGAAAUACUGGGGAAUCUAGAAGGACUCCAUGCCCUGAACCUUUCUAAUAAUGCUUUCACUGGUCAUAUCCCAUCAUCCUUUGCGAACUUGACACAGCUAGAAUCAUUAGACCUUUCUUAAAACAAAUUGUUCGGAGAGAUACCUCCUGCAUUAGUCCAGCUGAAUUUCCUUUCAAACUUUACUGUGUCACAUAAUUGCCUCACAGGACCUAUACCACAGGGGCAACAGUUUGGAACAUUUCCAAAUACUUCAUUUGAAGAUAAUCAAGGACUGUGUGGAAAGCCGUUGUCCAAAAUUUGUGGAGAUUCUGACAUUUCAACACCUCCACCUUCAACCUUUGAAGAGAAUCAAGGUCCAAAAUUGUUCUUUGAAUUUGGUUGGAAAGUAGUUGUGAUGGGAUAUGGAUGUGGAUUCGUAUUUGGAAUUGUUAUCGGGCACAUUGUGACAACUAGAAAGCAAGAUUGGCUCAUCAAGAUUUUUGGCAAGAAGCAACACCAAACUCGAAUAAGCCGGGUGAAUCGUCGGGAUGAGAGGACAUGAUUUUAAGGUGACAUGCAAGGCAAUUGAUAUUGUUGGAGAUCUCUUUAUAUGCAUUUAGGCUAAUUAAUUUGGUACCACUAUUUAUGAUCUCAGUGAUGAUGAUAAGCACUAUUUGGCUGAUCACCCUGGAUUGAUGCCUGUGACAACUGCACAGGGUGUGGAACUCUCUAAACAGAUUGGUGCUACAUAUUAUAUAGAAUGCUCAAAUUUGAAGGAAGUGAUUCCUCUUGAUUGAAUGAAAUGAUAACACCACCCCAAGUAAUGAGUACUCUA